AUUUUCCAUGCAUCCAUCUUCCAAGUACUCUUACAAGCUAAACAAUGAUUCAUGUGGGUCCUCUUUGAUCUAAAAGUAAAAACUAAAAUUGACAAAUAAUUCCUCAUAAAUAUUCAUAUUCACUAUAUUCAAUGGGUCUAUGAACAGGUUCUCCAUGUUUAAGUUAAAGUACUGACCUUUCUUUACAUAGAGCCCCCACCCUGCCCAUUUGUGGAGACCUUUCCAUCAUCUCAUCUCUUUCUUUCCCCACUUUUUCCCAUUUCCUAUGAUUGAACUCCAUUUUUGUGCAAUCAAUCUAACCCUAGUAACUCUAAAGAGGGAAUUAAUUGCUGAAUUCAUAAAGAUAACAACUUUUUGGAGUUUCUUUUUAAAGCUGUUUCCUGGUUGGAAGAUCAGUGUAGAGUAGAGACAUUGGAAAAGGGUAUCAAAGUUUAUAGUUGGUGGGUCUGCUCAAUAUGUAAUUAGAUUGCCAUAAUUCAUAGACUUGGUCACUUUUGGGAUUAUUGUAAGGUGUGAUUUUUUGUUUAUUUGGUAUAUAUGGUGGGUUCAUGACAAAUCAUAUGAUCCAUGAUGGUAGUAUUGGAUGAUUGUUAACAUGAAUGAUCAAGGAUGAGAUAAGGUUUUGUUGAAAUGGAGUUAAAUGGGGAUGUUGAAGUACAUGAACAACAGCCGUCUUCACCGUUGUGGGUUUUGCACCAAAUCUCCGAGGAGGCUGUUAGGGUAGCAAAUGAGUACUUGAGUAGUGCCAAUACAUCACCCGUUUGGACCGGACAUAAACGAAAUCAGAGUGAAACUGUAAACCACACACGCAGGCGUAGUAGUUUCGAGCAAUUGAAGUCUCAGAUAUCAAAGGCUUGGCGGUGGGGUGGGAACUCGCAGUAUGAGAAUGGACGGUUCAAUUUUAACCCUGAGGUACUCGCAAACCAGAAACGCCAGUGGUAUCAACUGCAUACCCAAGAUCGUAGUAAAUAUCAGGAGCCCAUUUCCCUAUUCGAACACUUCAUAGUUAGUGGUCUACAUCCAGAUGCCAACCUUGAAGCCAUUGAGGAUGCAUUUGCUAGAAGGAAAAAGUGGGAGGCAGAAGUGGCUAGAACAGAGGAACUGGAUGGAAGAUCAUCAUAUAAUUGCGGACCUUCUCCUCCAUUGCUGGAUCCUCAGAUAAUUUUCAAGUAUCCACAUGGGAAGAAACUGCCUAUGCGCCUCAAAGAUUUCUGUGUCUUUUCUUUCCCUGGAGGUGUCAAGGCUCGGCUGAUGGAGAGAACUCCAUCCUUGAGUGAUUUGAAUUCACUUGUUUAUGGACAGGAGCAUAUGGGUAGGGAUGACUUAGCAUUCGUUUUCUCACUGAAGGCUGCAGAUAGUGGAACACUAUAUGGUGUUUGCCUUCAUGUACCAGAGAUUGUUCAACGGCCACCCGCUAUCUUGGGUUCUUCUUCACCUUUGUGUAAUCCAUCUGUAGGAGGCAGCCGUUUCUUGGUCUCUGCACCUCGCUGCUAUUGUUUGCUAACCCGAGUUCCUUUCUUUGAGCUACACUAUGAGAUGCUUAAUAGUAUUAUCUCACAGGAGCGUUUGAAUCGAAUAACACAGUUUGUUAGUGAAAUGAGUCUUUGUGGGUAUUCCCCGUCUCCUUCAAGGGUACAAUAUGAAAAUUUUGAAUCGCCUUGUAAGGACACUGAGUGGAUGUCAUCAGCAAUUCCCGUUGAUAAGGCGAUAGCCCUCACCGCUGCUGCUGCUGGUAUCAUAACUGAUGAUGAUGUCCUAUCUAAUUCGUCCAAGAUUGGGGAAUCUCAAUCUCCAUCAAAUGAUAGCGAGGCCUCAGAUUUCGGUCCUUCCAAAGAGGUUGAUCAAGAUGGAAAAAGGGAUCUACAAGAUUGUGAUGAUCUUGCAUCUGAAAGCCGUGCUAAUGGGUUUGGUAAACCGUAUGAGAAUUAUGAAUACAAUACUUCUUCACCUGAGCCUACUCUAUCACCUGAGCCUACCUUAUCAUCUCAUUCUGACCAUCUAAAACUGGAGAGAAGCAACAGCUCUUUGUCUUUCCACAGUUCGGUUAGAAGCAUGGAUGAUGAUGAUUGCUUUUCAAACCAGGAUAGUGAUUGUUCUGGCGAUUUCAUGACUAUGGAAUGGGCUAAGGAGAAUAAGAAUGAUCUACUGCAAAUAGUUUGUGCUUAUGGAGCUCUCCCUAUUCCUCCACGAGGGGGUGAGGUAGUGUUUCAGCCACUUGAACACCUUCAGGCUAUUCAGUACAAACGCUUUUCAAUAUCCGAUCUUGGUAUAGAUGAAAGUGAUUUAGAUAGUGAGUUGCAUGAUCCAAUUAAAUCUGCAGAGGUCUAUGCUAGGUUAGCUGCUGCAGAAGAAGCUGUAGCAUUAUCUGUUUGGACCACGGCAACAAUCUGUCGAGUGCUUUCUUUGGAUAGUAUUUUGGACUUGCUUACUGGAGUACUGUUGGAGAAACAAGUGGUGGUGGUCGGAUCUAAUCUGGGUAUUCUGUCAGCUGUAGUGCUAUCUAUCAUUCCUAUGAUUCGUCCGUUUGAAUGGCAAAGUCUCUUUCUAUCAAUUCUCCCUGGGAAGAUGCUGGAUUUUCUUGAUGCUCCUGUUCCUUAUGUUGUUGGGAUGAAGAAUAAACCAGCAGACGUGAAGAUUAAGACAUCUAAUCUAGUCCUCGUUAAUGUAGCAAAGGAUCAGGUUAAAAUGUGUUCGUUGCCCAUGAUUCCUCUACGGAAGGAGCUCUAUUCUGAACUUCUUCCAAUCCAUACUGCUCUGGUUAGUCAGUGUAGGACAGCUGAGAAACACCCUGUACAUAAAUGCAAUGAGGAGCAGGCUGAAGCUGCUACGCGUUUUUCAGGUGUCAUGAAGAGAUACAUGGAGUCUCUAUGUGCAGAUCUAAGGUCUUAUACCAUCACACGUGUAAAUGAUCGAGUUUCUUUACUUCUGAAGGAUAGUUUUAUUGAUUCCUUUUCUAGUAGAGAUCGACCAUUCAUCAAGUUGUUUGUGGACACGCAAAUGUUUACAGUCUUAUCAGACUCUCGUUUGGCUACCUUUGAGCACGAGAAGUCAUAAAUUAGAUCGAGAACAAGCAGGCGGAUAGAGCAACAUGUUGAUUGUUUGAUAUCAUAUAGUUACUGAAGCCAUAUAGGUCUCUUGCUGUUCGUAGUCAAUACAUAGUCAGGUUUUCUCUCUUUUUCUCACUUUUUUCUUUUCGGCUGGGAGCGGAAUGCGCUUGUCAAGCAGCUUGAUCUGCAUAGGGCCAUAGUCCCUAACUGCCAUGGUUCAAUUAUUUUUAAGAAAAAAAAUCUGUAACGUAUAGUCGCAUAGCCCGAGUACGGAAUAUCUUAGGGGGAGGCCGAAGCAGUUUGACGGUUAUCCCUAUAUUUAUAUAGGAAAAAAAAUUACGGGCUGCCUCAAAGUGAAGCGCCCGUGUUUCAUCUUGUAAAUUAUUCUCUCUAUCCAUUGGAAUAAAAACUAUGCUUCUUUGUUCCGCGAA